AUGGCGUCCCACGUCGACGUCACGUUGGGAAGCGGCGCCGCCCCGAAGCUCCGCCGACUCUCCUCGUGCUGGCGCCCGGCGUCGUCCGGGAACCUCGCGGCGCUGCAGGACGCGCACGAGAACGGCGCGCCGUGGGACGAGCGCGUCUGCGCGAACGCCGCGCGCGACGGCCACCUCGACGUGCUGAUCUACGCGCACGAAAAUGGAUGCCGAUGGGACGCGCGCACGUGCGAGUACUCCGCCCAAAACGGCCACCUCGAGUGCCUGAAGUACGCGCGGUCGAACGGGUGCCCGUGGGACGAGGGCCUCUGCGCCGCCGCCGCGAAGGCGGGGCAGCUGGAGUGCCUAAAGUGGGCGAGAGAGCAGGGCGCGCCGUGGGGGGUCAUGACCCCCGCCUUCGCCGCGUUCGCCGGCGACGUCGACGCUUUGCGAUGGGUCGUCGAGAACGGUUGCCCGUGGGAUAAGAAGACUCGGGAUUACGCGGCGAUGAAUAACCAGGAGGCGACGCUGCGGUGGGCGAUCGAGAACGGGUGUCCGGAGGAGUGA